AUGCCGCGGCAGGCCAUCUACGACGAGAUCGAGCUGGAGGACAUGUCGUACGAUGCGAGCAAGGACCUCUUCCACUACCCUUGCCCGUGCGGCGACCGAUUCGAGAUUACGCGCCAGCAACUGAGAGAUGCCGAGGACAUCGCGCGCUGUCCCUCGUGCAGUCUGCUGAUCAGGGUUGUUUUCGACCCACUCGAUUUUGAGGAAGACGAUGAUGCGGAUCAAACGGCUGCACAGCAGGUUACCUCUGAAGGCAUAGCGACCGCUGUCGCUUCAGCUGCUUGA